ACCCUGAGGCUGAGAGCCCUAAACCUCUUCAUACCUCCAACAUAAACCCUAAUACUUCAAUCCAUCAAAAUAUAAAAAAGAGAAAUUCAAUUGUGUUCCCCAAUUGGUCUUCCUAAUCCAAAAAAAAGAGAAAAAAAAUGUCGUUUCUUGCUUGCAGAAAAUCAUUUGGAAUAUACAUAAAUUCCAUCUAUAAUCGUAGAACUUCCUUCCUAUUCUCGUCUGGGUCUCCUAUUUCACACACAACCACAGAAACCCCAUCUGGGCCUAUCCGAUUCUCGCAUUCAGUAUCAGAAAACCAUAUGUCACCAUCUAGGUCUCCCAUUAACAGGCAUGGGUCUCACCAAAUUCCCCUCCCUUCAACACCUUCGGUGUCUGAGAAGCCUAUUUCAACUUCCGGAUCUCCCAUUUUCCGGCGCGAAUUUUCUGGGUUUUGUUCUCGUGCAAUUCCAAGCAGCAAAAACCCUUGUCAAUUUCACCAAAAUCCAUCGAUUUUGACGCCAUUUCAAUAUUUUUGUACUGAAGCUGCUGUGCAGCACUCAACUGCUGACGGGCUCACAGUGGAGGGAAUUGUAACUAGUAAUUGGCCAAUUCUCGAUGAGACUGAGAGUGAUUGGAAAAGUCAUGCUGCUGCCAUUGCUCAAUCCAUUCAUCUAAUCAAGAAGCGGUUGAAGUGGAAAAAAUUGGUGGUCAGGUUGGAUUUGUUAUCAAUGCAGCUGAAUAAGCCAGAUAUUUGGGAUGAUCCUGUGCAUGCAGGGAAGAUAAGUCGCGAACAUGGUUCACUCAUGGGUAAAAUGAAAGCGGUGAGGGCAUUUGAGCGAGAAUUGCUAGAGCAUAUUGAUAUGAUUAACCUUGCUCGUGAAGAGAAUGAUCCAGAGAUGGAAUCGGAAUCAUUGAAAGCUUUGCUUAGGAUGAGGAGGAAUUCAAAAGAGAAAGAGCUUCAAGCUAUGUUAUCUGGGGAGCAGGAUUCCUGCUCUUGUUACAUAGAGGUUCAAGCUGGAGCUGGUGGUACCGAGAGCAUGGAUUGGGCAGCAAUGGUCAUGCAGAUGUAUAAAAUGUGGGCUCAGCGACGUGGAUAUAAAGUCACCGUGGUGGAUGAAAUGUCUGGUGAGAUUGCCGGAAUCAAGCGAGCAACAAUCAAGGUGGAUGGUGAAUAUGCUUUUGGAUAUGCCAAAGCAGAAGUAGGAGUGCACAGGUUGGUACGAAUCUCACCCUUUGACAGUAAUAAGCGUCGACAUACUUCAUUUGCUGCUGUUGCUGUAAUUCCAAUCUCGGGUGAUGGAUCUACCCAUGUACAAAUUAGUGACUCUGAUCUCCGUAUUGAGCGAUUUCGUGCUGGGGGAGCUGGUGGCCAGCAUGUUAAUACGACUGAGAGUGCUGUGAGGAUAGUUCACAUUCCUACAGGAAUUUCUGCCACUUGUCAAAAUGAAAGAUCACAACAUCAAAACAAGGCUUCAGCAAUGGCCGUGCUUCAGUCUCGAGUGGACCAGCUUGAGAUGGCUCGCCAGGCUCAGAUGAAUGCGCAACAUACACAAUCACUCACUGACAUUACUUGGGGCAGCCAGAUACGUAGUUAUGUGCUUCAUCCUUACCGCAUGGUUAAAGAUCUCCGAACCAGCUAUGAAGUUUCGGAUCCUGAUUCUGUCCUUGAAGGAGAUCUGGAUGGAUUCAUCCUGAGCUAUUUAUCAGCUUCCUUGGAUAAAGAUGAAGAUGGUCGGUGAAUUUAGUUGCUGGAUUUCUUUGGCAUCGUGCAUAUUGUCAGCAGAGCUAAGUCCGUGCAUGCUUGGGCAUCCGAUAAUUAGAGGCCAGAUCUUGACUAGCAAGACAAUCAGCUACAACGACAUCCGGGAGGUUCAGGCGUGGGAUUUUGAUUGUCGUGGAGAAAGAAUACAAUUGAUUCUCUGUAAUAUCUAAAGGAUUUUCUUCAACAGAUAUGCCUGUCUUCACAUACAAAUAUGACAUGAUGUAAGAUUAUACAUUGUUGUUAAAGCAGGCCUUGUCAUAGAGUGCAUACAUAUUGAUAAAAUUUGAAGGUGAGAUGAUGAGCAGAAUCAGCAUUGGAUAA